UGUCGGUCGCAUGGAUUCAAGCUCUACAAGAACCGCAGUCGGAAGGUCUACGAUCUGACCCUUUUUGCUACGGAGCUGGACUGGCUAGAAAUCCGGCUUCAAUCUUUGGCACCAUACGUCGAUUACUUUGUUGUCGUCGAAUCGGACACGACCUUUACCGGAAAGCCGAAACCUCUCUAUUUGCAAGAAAACUGGUCCCGAUUCAAGGACUUCCACCACAAAAUCAUUCACAAAGUCGUCCACGAUCCGAUCGCAUCCACUCGUAUCUGGGACCACGAAGACUGGUUUCGAAACUCGCUCCUGAACGAGGUUCUCCCCGGGCUACAGGGCACUCGAGCAGAAAUCUCGUACGGUGACGCUCUGGUUGUUGGCGACAUGGACGAGAUCGUACGGCCGGGAGUUAUGAUGUUGUUACGACACUGCAAUUUUCCUGCCCGGCUCGUCUUGCAUACCGAUUUCUUCUACUAUUCCUUCCAAUGGCGACACCGCGGACCACAGUGGGCGCAUCCAGAUGCUACAAUAUACCAAGGAGCACUCACGAUACCUCCAAACGACCUACGACAAGGACUUCUCGGGCCAGGAUGGUUGCUCGCAGCCGCAUUCCGGAGAUGGUGGGAUCGGGGUGCUCUGUACAACGCCGGCUGGCAUUGCUCUAGCUGCUUCGCGACUGUUGAUGAGAUGCGCAAGAAGAUGCACGGCUUUUCACACCAAGGCUGGAAUACAGGCUAUAACAGAGAUGCUGGUGUCAUGAUGGACCGUGUAAGAAAUGGCAAAGAUCUAUUUGGCCGGCCCACUGAGCUGUAUGACCGCGUCGAAAACAACGAGGACAUUCCUCCAUAUGUCUUGCAGCAGUACAGAGAGCAUGGGAGAUUCAAAUACAUGCUAGAUCGAGACGGCGAAGAUGCGGGAUUUGAGGACUGG